UCCAUCUCCAAACAUCACUUCUCUCUUCACCAUCUACUUUUCUACAAGGAUCUCUUGAGUCUCUCAACCCUCCUUCAAAAUGCAGUUCACCAUCGCUACCAUCCUCGGCUUCGCCAUCUUCGCCGCCGCUGCCCCUGCCCCCGCAGCUGCAGGAGGAAGCAAGCAGGUGUCCUUCGACGAGGCCAAAGGCCAAUGCUCGACCGGGGACAUCUACUGCUGCAACAUCAACAACAAGGAGGACACUUCCGGCAUCCUGAACAACGUUCUCAAGGACGGCCUUGUCUUGAAGGCUCUGAUCGAUGGCUCCGGGUCCUCCUGCGUGAGCACUUCUCUCAUCAAGGAUGUUGAUCUCCUCGCCUUCUUUGAAAAGGGAAACGACGACAAGGACUCUUACUGCAAGAACACCAUUGCCUGCUGCCCCAACGGAAGCUGCGAGGCCAUUGGACACUACUAGAGAUGCUCGCUAUCGGUACCCCUGGUACGGACACAAUGGAGGCAAUGCACGUGUAACAGUAGUCGCGCGGAGCUGGUUGAAAAUCC